CACAUGGCGAGCUCCGCUGGGCUGGCGUUGUGCGGACAGGCGCUGGUAGUGCGGGGCGGCAGCCGCUUCUUGGUCAGCUCCACUGCCAGCAGUGAUGAUGACAGUCUCUUCACAUAUGAUUGCAGCACUGCAGAGAAGAAGUCGCAAGAAAGUAAAGGGGAGAACGGACAGCCUGUGGACAAGGGGAGUGACAUGAUUCUGGCGUCCACCUUCUCCAAGUCUGGCAGCUAUUUUGCUUUAACUGAUGACAGUAAGCGUCUGAUUCUUUUCCGUACAAAACCAUGGCAAUGUCUGAGUGUCAGGACUGUGGUGAGGAGGUGCACAGCGCUGACCUUCACUGCUUCAGAGGAGCGGGUCCUGGUGGCUGACAAAUCCGGAGAUGUCUACUCCUUCUCGGUGCUGGAGCCCGAGGGAUGCGGCAGGCUCGAGCUUGGGCACCUGUCCAUGUUGCUAGAUGUGGCCGUGAGUCCUGAUGACCACUUCGUGCUCACUGCGGACAGGGAUGAGAAGAUUCGGGUCAGCUGGGCUGCAGCACCACACAGCAUCGAGGCCUUCUGCCUGGGGCACACGGAGUUUGUGAGCCGCAUCUUUGUGGUGCCUGGUCACCCCGAGCUCCUUCUGUCCUCCUCUGGGGACAGCACCCUGCGGCUAUGGGAGUACAGGAGCGGUCGGCAACUGCACUGCUGCGACCUGGCCAGCCUGUUGGAACCAGUGGACCCUCAGGGCCACAAGGGCCUUGCUGCGUCCAGGAUCACUUUCUGGGGCCAGGAGAGCUGCUUGGCGCUUCUGUGUGAUUGUGUUCCUGUGGUCUUCGUCUUCCACCUUCAUGCCAGCAGACAGGAGCUAGUGUUCAGACAGCAGCUGACCUUCUCGCACCGGGUAUGGGACAUUGCAUUUGAGGACACCCAGGGGCUGUGGGUUCUGCAGGACUGCCGUGACACCCCCUUGGUGCUGUGGAAGCCUGUGGGCAGCCAGUGGCAGCCUGUUCCUGAAAGUGUUGUGUCCCAGAGGCUCUCCAGUCAUCUCCGUGGGAACUGGGCCAUGUUGGAAGGCUCUGUGGGGGCAGAGGAUGGCUUCCGUAGCCUCUACAAGGCCACCUUCGACAACAUGGCCUCUUACUUGAAGAAGAAGGAGGAGAGGCUGCAGCAGCGGCUGGAGAGGCAGCAGCGGCAGAGGAGCCCCCCAUCAGACCUGCCUGGCCAGGCCAAAAGAGCGCGGGAGGCCCUGAGCUGCUGACUUCGGCUCAUGACGGCCCCACCGUGAGACACGGCUGCUUUUGCUCAUCUUCCUUGUCACUGCUGCCCAAGAAGAAAGAGGGCAUAAGCUAGGUCCCCACCAGCUCAGCAUGCCGUCUCUGCUUUCCAGGCUCUAGGAUGAUUUGCAUCGCUGAGUGCAGGCUCUUGCCUGGUGUCCUUGUCCUCUCUGGCUGAAGGGAGACCAUGCGGUGCAUUAGCCUCGCUCGUGAGUGUGCAUGGAAAGGGGAGCCAUCUUUGAGCAACUUCAGCUUCUGGGAAGAGAUGCCCUGGCCCAUACAUUAGAACUCAGCUGCCCCUGGGCCGUCUGCAAAUGUUUUCAUGUCCUUACUGUGCGCCGUCCAGGUGGUGCGCUGAAACACGGGUGUGGCUGCGUGUUCCAUUUCUCUGCAGCCUGGUCAUGGUUCACAUGCUUAGUAGCCUGUGUGGCGAGUGUCUGCCCAGUGUAGAAGUGACGUGCAUUUUCAGAAACCUGGGAUGGAGGGAGGGGACCUUGCUUCGGGGCAAGGUGAGAGGAUGUGGUCCUGGCUGGACCCUCAUUUUACAGGAAGAUGAUUGGUGACAUUGCAAGUCUUUGUCCUGAUGGGAACUCUACACAUGCUGCAGGGCAGCAACGGUGUCAGCUGGAUUUGCAGCUUUCCGGAACAUUUGCAGCAACCGUGGAGCUGGUCUCUGUCCUUAGUGCGUGUGCUGCUCGGGAGGGAGGUGCAGCUGCUGUCUGGAGGCAUGUUUCUUGGUGGUUAGACUGGCUGUGCCAGGCAAGUUGCUGGGCCAAGCUUUUGCCUGCUGUCUGUGAUUCUGUCCUAAGCACAAAAGCACAAGUGUAGCUGCCUGUGUUGGCGAUGACUUGGCCACAGAGAAGCAAAGUUCCGCUGCCAUCAGCACCACACAGCCUCAGUGUUCAUAGUCCUUACUAUUCUAACAUUGGUCUGCAAGCAGCGCUGUUUGUGGCGUGACCAGCCGCUCACCUUUGUGGGACAGCAGUGGCUCAGUGGCUCCAGCGCCCCUUACGGGACCCUGUACGCCCCUGUUGCUUGACCUUAUUCACAGUGCGAGAGCCUGCCUCAGAAAACCAGAACCAAAACAACUUGGACAAAAAAAAAAAAAAA